CUCAAUUUUAAAAUGUCAUUCAAAAAUAUCAUUCCUUUGAACUGUUCCGAUCAUGUACAUUACGAAAUUUUCUAAGAAAGUAAAAAAAAAUCAAUUGCAUUUCGUUUAAUUUGACGUUGAAUUACUUUUGAAACUUGACAUUCGUGCCUGAAAAAAUGUCCGCCGACAAGCUGUAUCCAUAUGGAUUGCCUCUCAGCCAUCGAAGUUUAAGUCUUCCAACUGAAUAUGAUUACCAUCAAGCAAUGGCACAGCAUGCAGCUGCAGUUUCUGCUGGUAAUAGCAGUGGUAUACAUCCUGCAAUGGCCCAAAUUCCUAUGAUGCCCACUGGCUUAAAUCUUAGUAUGAAUUCUGGAAACCAUUCAUUGCAAAGUUCAAUGCAAUCAAAUGUUGGAAACUCUCAUCAUAUGAGCCAUGUUGGCAAUACUUCUGGAGGUGGAAAAACUAAAACAAAGAAGCUUAAAGUGAACAAAGAUGGUGUACCUGCUCCAAAACGUGCCACUACUGCUUACAUUAAUUUUACGCAGUGGUAUAGAGAAGAACAAAAGCGAAAUGGACGACAAAUACCAAAAAUUGGAGAAUUUGGGAAGGAAUGUGCUGGAAAAUGGAACAAUAUGUCAGGUGAAGAGAAGCAACCGUUUUUGGAGGUUGCUGCAAGAGACAGGGAAAGAUACAGAAAAGAGAUGGCUAUAUUCAAACCUGCUCGCGACGUCAAUAAGCCAAAAAGACCCGGUACAGCUUUUAUGCUCUUUAUGGCUGAUUUGCGUAAGGAGAUGGCAGGCAAAGAACCAGAAGGGGGCGUUGCUGCUCUUGCAAAGUUAGGAGGAGAACGUUGGAGAUCAAUGACAGAUGAAGAAAAGCGGAAAUAUGUAGAAAAACAGAAUGAGGAGAAGAUCAGAUAUGAAGCUAAUAUGGAAGAUUAUCGUAAAAAGCAAAGUAUUGAAACAAUGACUUUGGUAAAACCUCCUAUUGAUGAACCUUCUAAUGAUAGUUCUGGUAGCUUGGAAUUACCAAGUGUUGCUACUACUUCACAGAUACCACAAUUGUCACAAGCUGGAUCCAAUUCAGGCUCUUCAUGUCCUUCACCAAUUGAAGCUCCCACACCUGCAUCAUUGUCCAACAGCACCUCACCACCGCCUCCUACUUUAAGUCCUGGUCCUAUUGAUGCUUCUACCACUGAUAGUCCUAAUAGUUCUAUAGCUGCGCUUUCAUCCAUUGCUAAUCCAAUGUCUCUCUCUCAUGCUAUGGCAAUGGGGUAUGCUGCUCAGCAUACACUUUCCAAUUUUGCUCAUGCAAAUGGAAUGUUAAUGCAUAAUCCAAAUUAUAAUCAGGUUCAGACAACUAUGUCAUCAUCCAAUUACCUCUCUUCAUCCAGUCCUAAUUAUAAUCAGGCUCAUAUGCAAGGGCCUUACAGUUGGAAUUGA